AUGCCCCAUCAGCGGGAGCGUUCCGAGGCCCGGCUGGAUGCGGCUUUGAGCACCCCGGUGCAGCGGGAGGCGUCCCCGCGCGGGGCACGGGCGCCCCUUACGGGGCCGCGGCGGCGGCGGCGCCGCUCUGAACGCGCCGUGCCCGCUUGUGUUCUGUUCCUGCAGGGCGUUACCAUCGUGAAGCCCAUCGUGUACGGGAACGUGGCGCGGUAUUUCGGGAAGAAGAGAGAGGAGGAUGGUCACACUCACCAGUGGACGGUGUACGUGAAGCCGUACCGGAACGAGGACAUGUCUGCAUAUGUGAAAAAAAUUCAAUUCAAGUUGCAUGAAAGUUACGGUAAUCCUUUAAGAGUUGUUACCAAACCACCGUAUGAAAUCACCGAAACAGGCUGGGGUGAAUUUGAAAUAAUCAUUAAGAUAUUUUUCAUUGAUCCAAAUGAAAGACCUCUUGAGCAAGCUGUCCUAAGGUUGGUUGGGUUUUUCUUUGCUGCUGUUCUUGGAAGGCUGUUUUGGAGCCUGUCACGUUCUUCCUUUCCAGGAAGUCCCAGAGGGAGUCAGGUAACUUUAUAUCACUUGCUGAAGCUUUUUCAGUCGGAUACCAAUGCCAUCCUGGGGAAGAAAACUGUAGUUUCUGAAUUCUAUGAUGAAAUGAUAUUUCAAGAUCCUACUGCAAUGAUGCAGCAGCUGUUAACAACGUCUCGCCAACUAACGCUAGGUGCUUAUAAACACGAAACAGAGUUUGCAGACCUUGAAGUGAAAACCAGGGAGAAGCUCGAAGCUGCCAAAAAGAAGACCAGUUUUGAAAUUGCUGAGCUGAAAGAAAGACUAAAAGCAAGUCGUGAAACCAUCAACUGUUUAAAGAGUGAAAUCAGAAAACUUGAAGAGGAUGAUCAAUCUAAAGAUAUGUGACAAGUGCUGUCUUGAGUGUGUACUGAAAAUGGAAAGACUUCAGUCAUGGAAUUGUAUGAGUUCUCUUCAGUUCUGUAACAGACUAUGAGAAUCUCACUGGCAAAUGAUUGAAGUUGUGGCAAUCAACUCCAUAAAUGGAAGAAAAGAGAAAGAAUGUGUCCUUGUUUUAA